ACAGAAUCUUAAAACCAAACCAGACCAACCACCACCACUAGCUUCUCUGAUCACCAACGUACACAACCCCAAAAGGCCAGCUUUGUUGUGCCUCUUCCUCUCUGUGUUCACUGUGUUAAUGGAGAACUUCCACAACCUUUCUUUCCUUCCACAACAACCACCAUGACCUCCAUUUAUGAACCUAUGAGUUCCUCCCCUUCAACUCUUGCUAGUUCAUCCUCUCUGUCCUAUCAUUAUUCAGCAGUUCAGUACCUACCACCACUCAAUGGCGGCAGCCAGCUGUACUUUCAAAGCUCAUACCCUAAUUACCAGAAGCAGGCCUCUCAGCCCCCCUUCCAAUAUCCCAGGUAUCCAGUCCUGCUUCCUCGGCCACAGCAAAAUCCAGUCUCUGGAGAUCAAGAAGGGAUUGAGUCCAAGGCUGCAAGAGAUGAGCAAAGGAUGGCUCGCCAAAGAAGACACUUUUUAAGCAGAAGCGCUGCUGACUCUGGGUCCUCAUCAAGUUCAAUGCAGAUGGAUUUAUGUGGUGCUGAUUCUGAUAUGCAGAACACAGACCUCUGCACGCCGGAUAUGAAGGAAUUGAGAGUGUUGUUCAAGAAGGAGUUGAAGAAGAGUGAUGUUGGAUCCUGGGGCAGGAUUGUCGUUCCAAAGAAAGAGGCAGAGAAAUACCUUCCAAGCCUUGCUGAAAAACAAGGCAUCGUGCUGAGGAUCAGAGAUGUACAUUCCGGUCACGUGUGGGGCAUGAAAUACAAGUACUGGGCAAAUAACAAAAGUCGAAUGUAUGUCUUUGAAAGUGCAGGUAAACGUGAGACUGAAUGA